AUGUUCAAGAAGAAACCUAACAUCAAGCCGCUUUCGCCCCUCAAAAGCAGCGACCGCCGCCGGACCGCCGACCAAAUUAUUGCAGACUUUGGCAUCGAAGUGCCAGUCGAUGCAAAUGCGGACCCCGAAGAUAAGACAGCUUCCACGGCCGGUCUUACCGCGCUGAGGAAGUCGCUCCUUCCCGAAAAUGCCCUGUCCGCACGCUUCACCACGACAGCAGGGCCGGACCUCAAACAAGUAUCCGGCACGGUAUACGUUGGCAGCCACGAAGGCACAAGCGGAGAACAACGGAUACUCUGGGUCAAGCUCUUCGACAAGAUGUACCCGACAGUAUACACGCUCUGGCACAAUCCGCGCAUUGUUCCUCUGCUGUAUACACCCCUGGUAGUGGUCGAGAAAAUGCAGGCUGGCGCAGACCUCAUGACGCCAGGAUUGCAACGCGGUCCUCCGUUCCCGAAGAAGGCGACCAAAGGUGCCAUUGUUGCUAUCGCCAGCUUAGAGGCACCCACCGUUCCGAUGGCUGUCGGCACCUGCGAGAUCGACGUGAGCGCGUUAGACAAGGUGCAAGGAAUGAAGGGUCAGGCUGUGUCGACUUUCCACUGGGCUGGCGACGAACUGUGGUCGUGGAGUUCUGCAGGCAAGGCAGGCACUGAUCCGCCAGACAUCGUUCCAGGCUGGGAUGACGAGCAAGAUGAGGAUACAAGCCUGGCGGAGCGCACAGCAGCAGUAGACCUGGAUGAUCAAGAGGGCGGCGUGUCGCUCGACGCAAACCCCACCGAGCGUUCCGAGGCAGAGAAGUCGCAGGGAGUUGAGGGUGAAGAUGCGCCGUCGAAUCAUGACUUUAUCGACGUGGCAGAAAUCGACGACGCCUUCAAGAACGCAUUCCUCUUCGGCGUAAGACAUCACAUGGAGCACAACAGAGGACAACCAAACUAUGGCCUGGACUUCCCUCUAUCACAGUCGCACGUUAUGGCCCAGCUCGUUCAGCCUUUCCUUCCCACGUACACCCCCGCGCGCACCGCAUCAUUACAGAUCAAGAAGUCGAGCUGGAAGAACAUCAGAAAGUUCAUUAGAUACCUCGACAAGCAGCAGAUCGCCAAGUGCAAGGACAGAGAUGGGAAUGAAGUCGUUAUUACGGACAUUGACUUCAAGGACCGGCAAGUCGAGGCAUUCGUGCCAUACCGUUUGCCUAAAAAGGACGCACCAGCUAGUGCAAAUGGCAAGUCCGCAGCACCGAUGGCUGCUGAGGGGUCUGUGGGGCAGAAACUGAAGCUUGUCUCUCUGCUUCGGCCAAAAGAGAAGCUGGCCCCCAUUUUCCAUGCCUCCAAGGCGGACCCGCGGGGUCUGUACACACCUGCAGAGCUCAAGCAGAUUCUUCUUGCGUAUGUUGAGGCAGAGAAUCUCAUCGAUGCGAAGAACAAGAGGCUUGUGAGACUCAAUCCGCAACUCGCCGAUGGACUGCUUGGAUCAUCAGCAGCAGAUAAUGCGGCCCUGUCAUCAGGAAACAUUCCACGAGAUGCGCUUGCGGAACGUAUGGUUGCAGCAUCAUCGCCCUUCUAUGCCAUUCUCCGCAACGACGCAGAUAUUACCGACACAAAGCCCAAGGCCGGCGCGCCACCAAAGAUUCAGAUCACACUGGAGACGCGCAGCGGUAACAAGACUGUGUCCAAGGUGCAUGGCUUCGAGCCGUACCAUAUCGCGCCGCAGCCCCUUGCUGACGAGCUGCGUAAGACAUGCGCAGGCAGCACAAGUAUAGACAAACUGCAAGGCUCAAGCCCGAAGAACCCUGUCAUGGAGGUGAUGGUUCAGGGGCCGCAGAAGGAUGCGAUCAUCAAGGCACUAGAGAAGCGUGGUGUUCACAAGAACUGGGUGGAAGUUGUGGACAAGACGAAGAAGAAGAAAUGA